AUGAAUAAAUAUGGUAUGUUAUAUCAUAAAAUUCAUGGCAGGGCUCUCAACGGUGAAACCUUUAAAACCUGUCUUCAGGAGCUGAAAGCAAAAUGUAAUGAUAGUGGCAUUGAUACCCCUUUAUUUAUUAUGGAUAAUACCAGAAUUCACCACUAUUCGGGGCUAAUUGAAACAAUUUGUGAUCUGGGUUAG